AUGGACAUACUUCCAAACGCGCUGGCAGGAUUAUGUCGAAGCCACAAAAUAACCGGCAAAGACAAAGUAAUCCAACUACUCGAAUGCUGUGACGAAACGCUUCGUAAGGACCUCACCAGAAACGCUGGCGGCACCCUCACAAACAAACCCAUCGACGAAGUCAUGGCUGCAAUCCGCGAACUCGCUGUACGAGAGGAAAACACGAUGGUGGCCCGCAUCAAACUACACAACAUGCGCCAGGACCGUGACGAAACUAUCCGCAGCUUCGGUGCACGUCUUCGUGGACAAGCCAGCGUAUGCAAGUUUACGAUUAACUGUCCCAACUGCGCAACAGAAAUCAACUACACAGACAAUAUCCUACGCGACGCAUUAACCGUUGGAAUCGCCGACAGCGACAUCCAACUAGACUUGCUCAGCGAUAAAAAUCAAAAUAUGACACUGGAGGAGGCAUUUCUGUUCAUAGAAGCCAAAGAAGCCGGCAGACGUUCGGCCACCCACCUACUCAAUAGCCAAAGCAUCGAUGCUACCAGAAGCCAAUAUCGCCGCGGCAAACAAGACAAUAUGACCCAGGGCGUGCAAACCAAUAAAACUGGGCCAUGUUCCUACUGUGGCAAACAUGGCCAUGGUAGAAACGCCCCACCCAAUGUCCGACGACAGGAAUGCCCAGCCUACGGCAAAACAUGCGAUAGCUGCGGACGCCCUAACCACAACGCCUCCAUGUGCAGAAGCAAAACAAAACUAAGCGUCGGGACGCAAAACACAACGCAAACCGAGACCAAGAGGACGCAGUGUUUGACAACCUAUGCAUGA